AUGGGCAACUCUAUGCAAAUUAUUGCUAAAAAACUACAACUAUCAAAUUCCUCCAACCCUAAAGUUAUGGAACUAUCCCCACCAAAGAAGUGUCACGAAUUAGAGAAUUUCACUUGCGAAAUAUGUGUGGAGAACAUCCUUUUUCCAGAACAGAAAUUCAAAAACAGAGAUGUUUGUAGUCAUCCUUUCUGCAAUGAUUGCAUUAUCAACUUCGUCAAAGUGAAAAUUGAAGUUGACAAUACCGAGAAGAUCAAGUGUCCCGGCCUUUGUUGCGAUUUCAAUCUUGAUAUACUCUCUUGUCAUUCGAUCCUCCCUGUUAAGUUGUUUGAAAAAUGGUGUGAUAUCCUUUUUGAGAAAGCCAUUUUGGGGCUCGAUCAUUGCUAUUGCCCUAAUCGAAAGUGUUCGACGUUGAUUGUCAACGAAUGUGGUGGAGACGUGAAGCGGUCUGUUUGUCAUAAUUGUAAACAAGCGUUUUGUUUCAAAUGUAAAACUUCAUGGCAUGCUGGCUUUGAUUGCGAAGAGACAGAACAAAUUAAGGAUUCCAGUGACAUCGCUUUUGGUGUUCUUGUCGAGAAGAAUAAGUGGACAAGAGCCUCUUGGAUUGUCCAAGUCUCUUAUCUAGUAAAUCUACCGGAUAUGGAAGACAUGUAUGGAAUCGUACAUGGUCGGGAAGACUUGUGGGACAUCGUCUUAGACAACGAUGAUGUAGCUCCUGAGGAUGUUGCUGAAAAUGCGGAAGCAUCGAAGAAGCGGAAGAGACUCAACGUGAAGGCAUAA